AUGGCGCCUACGGACGUGCAGCAGUUUGAUUAUAUCGUUUUGGGAGGCGGCAGUGGUGGUAGUGGUAGCGCCCGCCGGGCGGCGGGGUGGUAUGGCAAGAAGACGCUCAUUGUGGAGAGUGGCCGGUCUGGGGGUACCUGUGUGAAUGUUGGGUGUGUCCCCAAGAAGAUGACGUGGAACUUUGCGUCGAUCAACGAGGCGCUGCAUAUGGGCGAGCACUACGGCUAUGACAUCCCCAAGGACAUCAAGAUCGACUACAAGCAGUUCAAGGAGACGCGGGACGCGUCGAUCGUGCGGCUCAACGGCGCGUACGAGCGCAACUGGGGCCGCGAGGGCAUCGACCUGGUGCACGGGCGCGCUCGGUUUGUUGAGCCGCGCGUGAUCGAGGUGGCACUGGAGGACGGCAGCGUGGCGCGGUACUCGGCGCCGCACAUUCUGAUCGCGACGGGCGGGCGGCCGGUCGUGCCGGGCGUGAAGGGCGCGGAGCACGGGAUCACGAGCGACGGCUUCUUCGAGAUCGAGGAGCUGCCGCCCAAGGUUGCGGUUGUGGGCGCGGGCUACAUCGCCGUCGAGCUGGCGGGCGUGAUGGCCGCCGUCGGCGUCGAGACGCACAUGUUCAUCCGCGGCGAGCACUUCCUGCGCAAGUUCGACCCCAUGAUCCAGAAGACCAUGACGGACCGCUACGAGGCCACCGGCGUGCAUCUCCACAAGCACCACGCCGGCUUCCAGGAGGUGCAGCUGCUGCGCGACGGCAAGGGCAAGGACCGCCUGCUCAAGCUGAUCGGCAAGGACGGCUCCGAGAUCGAGGUCAAUGAGCUGCUGUGGGCCGUCGGCCGCCACCCGGAGGUCGAGGACCUUCAUUUGGAUAUCCCCGGCGUCAAGCUCAACGAGAGCGGCCACAUCGCCGUUGACGAGUACCAGAACACCUCGGCGGAUGGCGUGUAUGCGCUCGGUGACGUCACCGGACAGGCGGAGUUGACUCCUGUCGCCAUCGCGGCCGGACGCCAACUGGGCAGCCGCCUGUUCGGACCCCCCGCGCUCAAAUCCGCCAAGCUCUCCUACGAGAACAUCCCGACGGUGGUCUUCUCGCACCCGGAGGUCGGGACGAUCGGGCUGACGGAGCCGCAGGCGCGCGAGCGCUACGGCGACGACAAGGUCAAGAUCUACCACACCAAGUUCACGGCGAUGUACUACGACGUGUUGCCGGCGGACGAGAAGAAGAAGAAUCCGACCGAGUUCAAGAUCAUCUGCGUUGGACCCGAGGAGAAGGUCGUGGGCCUGCAUAUUCUGGGACUGGGUGUGGGCGAGAUGCUGCAGGGCUUCGGCGUCGCGAUGAAGAUGGGGGCUACCAAGAAGGACUUUGAUAGCUGUGUGGCCAUCCACCCGACCAGUGCGGAGGAGUUGGUGACCAUGCGGUGA